AUGGGUUCAUUGAAAUCUUUCAUCAAGGCUGUCAGGAAAGCCAAAACAAUCGCCGAUGAAAGAUCGGUUAUUCUGAAAGAAUCAGCAGCAAUUAGAACAUCAUUCAGAGAUCCAACAUUAGAUCAAACCACCAGAAGAAUCAAUAUUUCAAAACUUGUUUAUCUUUAUAUUAUGGGAGAAAAGACUCAUUUUGGACAAGUUGAAUGUCUUAAAUUAUUAGCAUCUCCAAGAUAUGCUGAUAAAAGAUUGGGAUAUUUGGCAUGUAUGUUAUUAUUAGAUGAAAAUCAAGAAGUAUUAACCUUAUUGACCAAUUCUCUUGAUAAUGAUAUGCAACAUCCAAAUCCUUUCAUUAUUGGAUUGGCAUUAUGUUGUCUUGGAAAUAUUGCUUCUCCUGAAUUAGCUAGAGAUUUACACGCAAAUGUUGAAAAAUUCGUUAUUUCAAAAAAUAUCUAUUUAAGAAAGAAAGCAUGUAUUGUUGCUGCUACUUUAGUUGAGAAGGAUCCUGAUUUAUCAGAAUAUUUCAUACCCAAGAUCGAUGAAUUGAUUAAUGAUAAACAUCCAUCUGUCUUAUUAGGGGCAUUAAGAUUAAUUGAGGCAUUAUAUGCUGCUAGUCAUGAAGAUGAAGAUCAACAUCGUCAAAUAUUACUAAAGACAAUUCCAAAAAUCGUGGGUCAUUUAAAAAGAAUUACUACUAGUGGAUAUCAACCAGAUUAUGAUGUUAUGGGAACAACCGAUCCAUUCCUUCAAGUUGCAUUAUUGUCGGCAUUAAGAACUUUAGCUAAUGAUGAACAUUGCUCUGCACAAUAUUUGGAAGAAAUUAAUGAUAUUUUAACUCAAGUUGCUUCUAAUUUAGAUAGUGGUAAGAAUUCUGCUCAUGCUAUCUUAUAUGAAUGUGUGAAGACUAUUUUUGCAAUUCAAUCUGAUCAAUCAUUGAGAAUUUUGGGUGUUAAUAUCUUGGGUAAAUUCUUAUCGACAAAGGAUAAUAAUACUAGAUACGUUGCUUUAGACACUCUUUUAACCGUGGUGACUAUUGAACCAUUGGCAGUUCAAAGACAUAGAUCUACUAUUGUUAGUUGUUUAACCGAUGGUGAUAUUUCAAUUAGAAGAAGAGCUUUGGAAUUAUCAUUUGGAAUUUUGAAUGAACAAAAUAUAAGAGUAUUAGUGAGAGAAAUCUUGACAUUUUUGGAAAAUUGCAAUGAUCAAGAAUUAAAGCCUUAUGUAACUUCACAAUUAACUAUUGCUGCUAGUAAAUAUUCACCAAAUGAUAAAUGGCAUUUUGAUACUUUGAUUAGAAUGUUAAAAGUUAGUGGCAAUUCAUUAACUCCUGAUAUUAUAUCUAAUAUCUUGGCACUAAUCUUACAAUGUAAUGAUCCAGAAUUGAAGAGACAUAUUGUAAGUAGAUUGCUUGCAUCUUGUUUAGAAGAUCCUAGUCAAUAUGGUUUAGCAUUAAUUACUGUCUGGACUAUUGGUGAAUAUGGUGAUAUAAUAUUAGGAUCAACUAUAGAAGUUAAAUCCAAAGAAGUUCAAGUUACAGAAGCAAGUAUUGUUCAACUCAUAGAAGAUUUAAUUAAUAAUUCAACCUAUUCAGAAUCUGAAACUGUCCAAUUAACAACCUAUAUCUUGACUGCAAUUAUUAAAUUAUCAAUCAAAUUUAAAGAUCCCCAAAUCAUUGAAAAGUUAAGAUUAAUUAUAAAUUCCAAGACUUAUGACAAUAAUCUUGAAAUUCAAAUUAGAGCAGUGGAAUAUCAAGAAAUCUUUGCGCAAGAUAUUUCAUUAAAGAGGGGAUUAUUAGCAAGAAUGCCAGCACCACCCAUCAAACAACGUGAAUCAUUAACAUUACAUAAAUCCGCCAGUUCAAGUACCAAGAAUUCCAAGAGAACAAGUGCAGGUUUGAGUGCUACGAAUACUCAAGAUUUAUUACUUGAUUUAAUGGAUGAUGAUGAUAACACCGGUUCUAAUCAAGGUACUCCAACUCUUUCACAACCGGAUAUUUUGUCUGACAUAUUCGGUGGUGUUUCUAGUCAAGCUCCAAAAGCUACCAGCCCUAAUGCUGCGAUUUUGGAUUUAUUCAAUACGCCAACAUCUCCAGUAGUAGCUUCAGGUGCUGCGGCAGCAAUUCCAUCUGCCAAUGAAAUUGUUGCGUUCAAUGGUGCGAAUGUCAAGGUUUCAUUCAUACCCAAAUCAUUCCCUCAAGAUGGCCAUGCAAUCAUGGAAGCCAUUAUCAAUUCCAAUACGACUGCAAUGAUUGAACAAGUACAAUUAUUAAUCGCGGUUCCUAAGACUCAAAAAUUGAGUAUUUCUUCAACUUCUGGUGGUGAUACACUUAGUGGAAGUGGUCCAAUAAGACAAACUUUAAAGAUUGUGGGUAAGGCUGGUUCUAAGAUUAAAUUGAGAGUAAAAGUGAAGUAUAAUGUUGGUGGAACUCCUAUGGAGGAACAAUUUGAUUUUGCUGGUUUUGAAAAGACUUUAUAG